CCCCUCCCCUACAUGCCACACAGUCAGGAGCUCAGCUGUUGUUUGUGUGCUGCAGUUUCCAGCUGAACACGGAAGGUAAGGUGACGUCAUGGUGUUACACCCAGAGUUUGAGCGUGCCGGCCGCAGGGCGGGGCUACAGGUAUGGCGGGUGGAGAACAUGGAUCUGGUGCCAGUGCCUGAGAAACUGUAUGGAGGUUUCUACACCGGAGAUGCUUACGUGGUUCUCCACAGCACUGCGAACCCCUGCAGAGGAAACCUCUCAUACCACCUGCACUACUGGCAAGGUUCAGAGUGUUCCCAGGAUGAGAGUGCAGCCGCGGCCAUCUUUGCGACCCAGUUGGACGAUUACCUGCAGGGGGCGCCGAUCCAGUAUCGUGAAGUCCAGGGUCACGAGUCCAGUGCCUUCACUGGGUACUUCAAAUCUGGGCUCAAAUACAUGAAAGGGGGAGUGGCUUCAGGGUUCAGACACACGGUGACCAAUGACGUGGAGGUUCAGAGGCUGCUGAGAGUGCGAGGUCGACGCGUUGUCAGGGCGACGGAGGUUCUGCUCUCCUGGGAGAGUUUCAAUCAUGGCGACAGUUUCAUACUGGACCUGGGAGAGGAAAUCAUCCAGUGGUCUGGUUCCCAUAGCAACCACUUUGAGAAGCUGAAGGCAACGAUUGUGUCUAAGGGUAUCUGUAGUGAUGAGCGAUGUGGGCGGGCCAAGGUGCUGCUCUGUGAUGAGGGGAGUGAGCCAGACAGGAUGAUUGAGGUCCUUGGGGAAAGACCAGAGCUUCCUGAAGCUGAGAGUGAUGACAGCAAGUUUGACACCUCCAACAGGAAGGUGGCUCAGCUCUUCAAGGUGUCUAAUGCAGAUGGGGACAUGGAGGUUACCAUGGUAGCAGAUCAGAGUCCAUUCUCCCAGGAUGCUUUGCACUCCAGCGAGUGUUUCAUCCUUGACAAUGGAGCUGGUGGACAAGUCUUUGUUUGGAAAGGUAAGGAUGCAAACACUGAGGAGCGUCAUGCCGUUCUGAAGAAUGCACAGCAGUUCAUCCACAAGAUGAACUACCCAGAAUACACACAGGUCCAAGUCCUUCCUGAACACGGGGAAACUCCGCUCUUCACACAGUUCUUUAAGGACUGGAGGGACCCCGACGACACCGUUGGUAUGGGAACGGCUUAUGUGUCCAGUACGAUCGCAAAGAUUAAAAAGGUGCCGUUUGACGUGUCAUCACUCCACCAAUCAGAGGCCAUGGCAGCACAGCAUGGUAUGUUGGACAGAGGAGAUGGAGAGAAACAGAUCUGGCGCAUUGAGGGAUCAGACAAGGUUCCAGUGGAUUCAUCAGUCUUUGGUCAGUUCUACGGAGGAGACAGUUACCUCAUCCGGUACCAGUACCAGCACAGUGGCAGACAGGGUCACGUCAUCUACAUAUGGCAGGGAGCAGAGUCAAGUCAGGAUGAGGUUGGAGCAUCGGCUAUACUGGCAUGCCAGAUAGAUGAAGAACUGGGAGGUGGUGCUGUGCAGGUCCGAGUGGUUCAAGGAAAAGAGCCCGCCCACCUCAUGAGCCUGUUUGGGGAUCAGCCAAUGGUGGUGUACAAGGGCGGGACUUCCAGAGAGGGUGGGCAGUCAGAGGCGGCUGAUGUCCGAUUGUUCCAGGUUCGAGCCAAUCCAGCAGAUGACACCAGAGCUGUGGAGGUAGACCCAUCCUCCUCCAGUCUGAACUCCAAUGAUGUCUUCCUCCUGGUUUCCCUCUCUGGAUCCUGGAUGUGGAAAGGGAGGAUGAGUAGCUCAGCUGAGGUAAAGGGGGCUGAGCACCUAGCCAAGAUCCUGACGGUGACCCCUACACCACUGGAUGAAGGAGACGAGGAAGAUAAUUUCUGGGAUGAGCUGGGAGGAAAGGAGGACUACUGUCGCUCUCCUCGGCUAAAGAACAAAAUGGAGGCUCAUCCUCCUCGUCUGUUUGCCUGCUCUAACAAGACCGGAAACUUCCUGAUGGAGGAGGUUCCAGGUGAGCUGAUGCAGGAUGACCUUGCUCCUGAUGAUGUCAUGAUCUUGGAUACAUUUGAUCAGGUGUUUAUUUGGAUCGGGAAUGAGGCUUAUGAAGAAGAGAAGACGGAGAGUGCAGCAAUGGCUGUCUGCUACAUAGAAAGUGACCCAGCCGACAGGGACCCUUGCACCCCCAUCGUGACGGUGAAACAGGGAUUUGAACCACCGACCUUCACAGGCUGGUUUCUAGGCUGGAACACUGAGUACUGGGCCGACGACCCACUGGCACGUUACCUGAAAUGUCUGUGACAGAAUGACAUCACUUACCAUCAGAAAAUAAUGUGAAAGCUCAGGGUUUCACUGCUUCAAUAAAGAAUACCCAUCUGUCAGUCUA